GGGGGAGAUAACUCAGUCAGACCAACAAUCACCGACAGCAGAAACUCCGCAGCGGGCUCGCAGCUGCUCGCCAUGUAGCGGCAGACUACGGACACGCAGGACAACGGACCCGGCUGCAAACUUGAAAAGCAGCAUGUACCCCGAGCUGCUGUGACUGGAAACACCGACCGACAUAGAUAUAUAGAUAUAUAUUUAUGCAGGAGCAGAAAAUGGCCGCCGCAGACGUCCUGCGCUUCACUUUGUGGCUCACCUCGGUCUUCGCCGCCGGACUCGGAUGCCCGGAGCUCUGCACCUGCUCCGAUAGACACGGACGCCAUUUUGCUGAAUGCUCCUACAAAGACUUAGUGGAAGUCCCGGGAGGUUUGCCUCCCAACGUGAUGACUGUGAGUCUCUCCGCUAACAAGAUCACUGUGAUACCAACGGGGAGCUUCGACAAUGUCACCCGGGUGACGUCGCUGUGGAUGGCCCACAAUGAGAUCGUCUCCGUCGAAGCAGGGACCCUCACGCCUUUGGUUCAUCUGUGUAACUUUGACAUCAGCCACAACGUGAUCGUCGACUUCCCUUGGGACGACCUGCAGAACCUCACGAGCCUGCAGCUGUUGAAGAUGAACCACAACGAGAUGGUCCACCUGCCGAAGGACGCCUUCGCCAACCUCAAAGACCUGAGGUCCCUCCGACUCAACAAUAACAAAUUCAUAACUAUAGCUGAAGGGACGUUUGACGGUUUGGUGUCUUUGUCCCACUUGCAGAUUUAUAAAAAUCCCUUCGCAUGCACCUGCUCCCUCGACUGGCUCAGAGACUGGAUUUCAACGACGACUAUCUCGGUCCCCGAGCAGACUCUGAUCCUCUGUGCAACUCCACAGAGACUGAGAGGGGAAGUGAUCGGGACAUUGCCAAAGUGCACGAGCGCGAAUGUGACGAUACGAACCGAGCCAGAUAUUCACGACGCGACGUUCUAUGAAGGGAGCGCAUUGGUCUUGACCUGUGAAUUCACGGGAAACCCAAACCCUCUGGUGAUGUGGAGUAUUCGGAGCAAAAGUCAGAAGCAAGAGCUGGUUUUGUCCUUCAUGGACUCGUCAGAAUCAAACGAGGACUCCCUACCGUCUUACGAUACCAUCAACGUCUUUAAAAAUGGCACUCUCGUCAUUUCACACCUCAGGAAGGAAGACGGCGGCAACUACAGCUGCUCGGCCACAAAUGAGUUUGGAAGAGCAGAGGAUUCGGUGUCAGUGAAGGUGGUGGCUUCAACUGAACCAACGCUCGCCAAAAAAAGAACCACGACGCCCGCUUUCACAAAAACGCACCCAUCUGUAGAGCGAACGACGCACAGAACGUCUAUUUUGGACUCUCUUGGUAUCCAUGAUGUAAAGAGAAAAGACAUGAGGAAAAUUGGACCCACUUUCCAGCCCACUUUGGAGAUCAAGUCUCCUGAAGAGGCCAAAACGUACCCAUCGCGAGCGAGUACAUGUGGCUUGACGGCUAACACCAGAUACAUCUCUAGCCACGUCUUUAACGGGAGUUUGGAUGACAUCAAGCAGUACACAUUUGACUUUGGCGUCAUUGCACUAGUGGUGUCAGAAACAGAGGCAACAGUCCGGCUGAAUCCUUUCCUCAUACCCAGGCACGCCGGCGCCAACGCCGCCACAUCCGAUGAGCGCUCCUACAUCGACAGCGAAGAGCGUGACAGUCUUUCGGACGUCUCUGAAAAAGCCAAUUCAAAUGGCUUGUACCUGUGCGUCACCGGCGACCGCAGACACUCGGCGGUGCAGUGGUCGAGGAUCAAAGAUGGAGUCAACACGUAUCUGUUCAGCAGUUUGCGCCCCGGCACCAACUACUCCCUGUGUCUGACCUACAGAGGGGACGACUGCGAGGUCCAGGUGCUGUUCACCACCAGGCGGAGGGUACCUAACCUGCUCAUCAUCAUCUCCGUCAGCAUCUGCCUCCUCACCGUGUCCACCGUGCCUCUCCUCGGCGCCAUGUGCUUCCACCUGGUGUACAAAUACCGCAGCAAGACCUACAAGCUGAUCCUGAAGGCCAAAGGCCAGUACCACAUGGAGAGGAAUCUCACCGCCAACUUUAACAUCCGCGCACCUCACACCGAGUCCCGGAGGAAGAUUAACGGCAGCCAGCUGGACGAGGAGGAGGAAGAGGGGGAGGAGGGGGGGGAGACGGAGAGUGGGGAUGGGGAGAAAGAGGCGGACACAGAGGAGAGUAUCAUGACCGAGUCCUUUUCUUUGUCUCAGUGCCGCGGGAAUUUAGACAACUGUGAGGUUGAGUCAGAGUAUAGUGACAGGUUGCCGUUGGGAGCUGAAGCAGUGAAUAUUACAAGCAGCUCCAAAUAUCCAAAUCAGUAAUCGUCGACAUCAUUCGCUGUUUUACUUUUUGCGUGUGAUUUUGAAGGGUUGUGUUCGUCAGUUCGCCGGGAAGCGACUUGUCGAUCACAAAGUUAGCCACGCCCCUAAGCAUACUCUGCUUUAUUGUCUAAAUGGGACCAUAAUUUACAAAAUUAACAUCAUACUGUAUUGAAGAAGUCUUCUCACAAUCGAUUGAUACCAGAAACUUAUUUUUUCAAUGUUUUUUUAGUUAAUAAAUCAAGUAAGAAGUAGAGUCAUUCUCUCAUAGACUUCUAUACAAUCUGACUUAUUUCUGCAACCACAGGAAGCGCCCUCUGGUGGUCAUUUGAAAGAUUGCACGUUUAAGGCACUUAUGCAUUGGCUUCACUCUCUUCAGGCCACAGCCGCCUCUUUUGAACAGUCGAUGGGUAAAACAUAAUUGUAGGUUUAGGUUCUCUUUAUUCCUUCGAAGGCAUCCCAGACAUAUUGCUUUGUUCCACCUUUAUCAGACUCAACAUACCCUGAGCUGCAUUAUUCAGUCACUAGACGGGCUACCAGCAGCUAGACUGUAUCGAUCGUCACUGGAUGUUUUACAGAGAAACGUUUUAGUGAAAGCUGCAGCUGUUUUUUUGCAUUCAAGUCCACUUCUGAAAAACAACUUCCAUAAACAACACUAGAAUGCCAAAAAUAGAACCAGCUUGUGUUCCAGAGAGAGAGAGAGAGAAACUGGAUCUGGUCAUCAAAGUAGAAACAGCUGGCACAACAUUAGAGCAUUCAAUAUCUGUGCAAAGUUCAUAAAAUAAAGUAAAAAUAAAUGUUAAGAUGUCCUCUGUGAUGCGUUUCAGGGCUUCCUCAGAGCAUGAGUAGUGUUCAAACAAAUAGUUUAAAGAUUAAGGAAACAACACUUAUUUGCUUUGAAGCAGAGAGUUAGAUGAGAACAUAAAUACAACUAAGUAAAUAUGCAGCUUCGGCUAGUUAGCUUAGCUUAGCACAAAGACUAGAAAUAGAGAUAAUCAGCUAGCUUACUAACAGCGUCAGCUGGCUUUCUAAAAAGCACAUAGAAAGCGCACAGCUUUACCACAGCUGCGCAAUUCUCUUUUAUUUUAAUAAUAGAAGAUGCAAAGAAAUUACACAUAGUGAUAAACAAUCGUGGGAAUGCACGAACCAGAUACAAUAUUAAGAAAUCUCCUGGUCAUGUUAUUUGGUCCAGCUGUCUACAGAAUGUCAGUAAACUUUGAAAUAUCCAAGUAUUAAAAUACAUCUAACGAGCAAAAGAAUACUUUCACUGGGUGGAAAUGUGGCCCUUUAUAUUUGUAUUUAAAGCAGAAAAGGGCAACAACACAACAGUGCGGUGCAAGUUAUCGCAAAGCAGGACUGUUUGCACACUUUCCAGUUCAUCAAGAUUAUUAUUUUUAAUUAGAGGACUCAAAGUCCGUGAAAACUUCAAAAUCUCUGGUCGGCUAACAUUAUAAAGGACAUAAUACAGGUUAAUAAAAUUUUAUUUUUAUGGAUACUGCUGCUCGAAGUUCGAAUUUGGGGCUACUAAUGUAGGAAAAGAUAAUUUUCACAGCUGAAAAGCAUAACUUGCACUUUAAUGUGAUGUUGUCCCCCUGUUUUGUUUUAAAUACAAAAAUAAUUAUCCAUAUCCAUUUUUAACAGGUAUUCAGUAAUGGUAUCGAAAUACAUAUUUGAAGUUACCCUUCCAACCAUGGAAAUAAAAAAAUUGAAUUAAAUUAAAAAAACUGAUACAAGGGGACUUUAAGUAUAUCCAGCUUUAAGUCAAGUUUGUCAGUGAGAUAUCGAUCUUAAAGCUGCAAAUAUUUGAUUUGCUGGCAUGAAUGAAUUGAAAACUAAAAUAAACAAUACGUUUGUUUAUUGUUUAUUUUUUCGUACUAGUAGAAGUUGUCUGCCAGAACAAAAAAAAACAUACAAAAAGUAUCACUCUACACAUGUUGCCUCUGUCUAUUUAUUAAAAACCUGUUCCUAAUAAGAAGCGAAUGAGUGAAAAGAAGAGCACACAAAACCUGUCCCUGAUUUCUUUUUACAACAACAAAAGGACACGUAAAAAACCAAAUGUAACAAAGGUAUAAAUGAGCUAACUGGUAGUCAAAUAUACUAUAAUUGUGCUGUUGUAUUAGAAGUGCAUUAGCUUGAAAAUACAGAAACGUAAUCCUCUCAAACGAGUUUAAAUGUUUAGAAAAAACGGUGUUGUUUCAAAGUGCAAAACACCAUAUAAGACUAUACACACUACGCUAAAACUGUUAGCUCCGUAUUAUCCACAGAGUCUACUGCAUACUGUGUGUAACAAGCUCCUCUGAGUGAGUGUGUGGAGUCACUGCCUCGUAUCUGGGUCAUGUGUCCAUCCCGUUGCCUUCCCCAGAGUACUGUGUUAGAAGACCUGCAUGCUAAUGUCUCUCCUGUAAAUACAUAUUUUCUGUUUUAUACCCCUGUAUUAAAGGAAGCGGUAGGUCUUUACCAAAGUGUUAAAUAUCCUGACUAACUCUCCUCAUCCUAUAUGUGCCUCAAUAAAGUUUUGACAAAGGGAUACUG